AUGUCACGGACCUCAAGUGCAGGUACUUCAGGUGCAGCGGUGGGGAGUGCGUUCGUCGCACUGACAUCUGCGACAAGCACAGGGACUGCAACGACGGGUCGGACGAGGUCGACUGCGACAGCCCCGGCAACUGGACGGGCCAGCAGGCGGCCGCGCUGCUCAAGUUCGGGUCGCCUGUGGUGCGCGGGCCGGACUGGAAGUGGCGCCACCAGGACGGCGACCCGCCGACCGAGGGCGUCGUCAUCUCCAGGGGCGUCCUGUCCGACGGCAUCGCGCUCGUCAGGUGGAAGGGCGGCCACCAGAACAACUACCGCAUGCGCAGGGACGAGUACGACCUCAAGGCCGUCGCCGGACCCGUGCAAGAUCUGAAGAACCUGACUUGCGACGAACACCAGUGCGGCACGGGCGAGUGCGUGAGACAGAGUGACGUGUGCGACGGCCACAACGACUGCAGCGACGGCUCCGACGAGGAGAAGUGCAAGAAGUCGUGCGGGAAGGGCGAGUUUAAGUGCAAAAACGGAUACACGGUGUCCUGGCCCAAGAAGUGUGACGGGGUCCGGAACUGCAACGACGGCUCCGACGAGGACCCGGACCUGUGCGACGGGCCCAGCACGACGCUGAUGGUGGGCGAGACGGUGACGGCCUCCAUGGAGUUCUCCAAGUCGUUCGGGACGCUGCGCUUCAGCAUGUGCAACCGGAAGGCCUGCGACACGGUCAUGAUGCGCGGCCACGACGCCGACGGCAAGCUCGCGGCCGACUCCUGGCCGCGCUGCAACCGCUGGGGCGUCGACUGCCAGAAGGGCUUCUGGCUCACGCUCUGACAGUCUCCCCGUCGCUGUGCGGCGUGGGCUCCCACAAGGUGUCCUUGCGGAUCAUCGGCGGCUCGGAGGCCAGCGCUAGCGAGUUCCCCUGGCACGUCGGCCUGUACGCCGACGGCCAGUACAACUGCGGAGGGUCGCUGCUGUCCGAAAGAAUCGUGGUCACAGCCGCACAUUGUGUCUUCGACAUUCACAAGCAGAACAGGUUGUACGACCCAAAGCAGCUGCAAGUGACUGUCGGGAACACGUACCGGGACUGGUCCAAGGGCAACACCGAGUCGGUCCAGCGUCGAAACGUGAAGGCGCUGUACCCCCACCCACACUACCGCGGCGCGGCCAAGCGGUACGAGGACGACAUCGCCAUCCUGGAGCUGGCCACGCCCUUCUCGCUCAGCCCCACAGUGGUGCCCAUCUGCAUCGACUGGAAGGGCUACGUCGUGCCGGCGCUCGCCACCGGGGACGUAGGGAAGGUUCCAGGGUGGGGUAGAACGAAAAACGAGUUCCCCAGUUCAGCCCUGCAGUCGGCCGACAUGCCCUACAUCCCCUUCGAGAAGUGCUCCAAGGAGGUGCCGAACGACUUCUUGCAGUACCUGAGCCAGGACAAGUUUUGCGCCGGACACAUCAACGGGUCCACGGUGUCGCACGGGGACAGCGGCGGCGGCCUGGUGUUCCAACACGACGGCCGCUGGUACCUGCAGGGCAUCGUCUCCGUCGGACACCCGAACCUGUUCACGUACAGCGCCUACACCAAGAUCUCCAACUUCGUGAGCUGGAUCAACGUGGUCGCCAGCUCCAUACGAAACAACGGCCCCAACGGUCGUCUCAGUGGCUAAAGGAGAGGCGGACGUCGCCUUGUAGUCACACUGACUAUUUUGUUGAUUGUGGUUAGGAAUUUUAAUUUCUCAUGAAGGAUUUUUUGGAAGAAUUUUGAAGAUUUUUUAAAAAGAAUAUGUCUAUACAUUUUCCUUAAAAUGAUUCUUUUUCAAACCA